UAUAGUGAAUGAUAACUCAGAGCUAGGACUGGUGUUAUCCUACAUACACGGAUCUAGAUUGAAUCCUAAACUAUGAUAUUUGGAACUCUGUUCAUAGUUAAAUAGAUAGAAAAUGAAGCAUCUAGCGAUUAUCCUUAUCCUGGUGUUCUGUCAGUCCAUCAAGGCAGAGUAUAAAUGGACGGGAUCAGAAUGGCAGUGGGUUGAGCCGGAGCGUGAGAAGGGACCUGUAUUGGCGGAGGGUUCAGGCGGAGGCCAAGAUUGGGAGGAUGACGAAGAUUAUGAUUACAACGGAGAAUAUGAUUAUAAGGACGACAAAGAUCUUUUGAAAGGAGGAGGAGCAGGUGGAGGCGGAGGUGGAAAGAUUGAUGAUUUCUCUUCAAUCAAAACUCCUAAAGUUACGAAGCCCGGAAAGGCGAACAAUAAUAAGAAGAAAGAGAAAGGAGGAAAAAAUAAAAAUAUUUAUACGCCAGUGAAUUCCAAUCCCGUCGGCGGUUUCACCGACGAUGAAGAUUUCCGGGAAGGGUCCGGAGAUAUUGAUGCUGGACCAUUGGACCCCUGGGAUAAUGAGGCCGAGGGAUCUGGAGGAUUUUACUCAAGUAUUCCCAGUCCCCAGAUACCUUCUAGAACUACUGAAAAGGUCUCAACUACCACCACAACCACAACAGAGAGUCCAUUAAGUAAUGUGAACGGAGGAGUUGUAGAUCCUUUCGGAGUUGACGACCCCUCCGAGUAUGGAGACUAUAAUGAGGACGAAGAUGAUGAGUAUGAUUAUGAAGAGAAAGAAACUUCUCCAGCCUCCGAAAACGUUCCUUCAUUCGAUGACAAUCCUCCAUUCGACGAUGAAAUAUCCAUCGACGAACCAACUUCUAAAACAACAGAAAAAACGACCACAACCCUUGAACCGUUUGUUCCUGUUGAGACAACAGAUGCACCGAGAAAUAUUGAUACUCCCAUAAUCAGUGAUAUUCCAACCAACCGCCCUGUCUCGUUCUUCGCCCAGCCUGGUAUCCUAGCCGCAGUGAUUGGCGGAGCUGUUGUUGGUCUCCUCUGUGCCAUUCUCCUAGUAAUGUUUAUUGUGUACAGAAUGAGAAAGAAGGAUGAAGGAUCCUAUAUCCUGGAUGAACCUAAACGAGUGCAUAAUGGGAAUCUUUACACCAAAACUCCAAAUAGAGAGUUUUAUGCCUAGACUUACAGUUACCACAGUUAACCGCUUUUUCCCACAACCUAUUUUUUUUAUCAAUUGCAAUAUAAAACUCAAAACCGUCAAUUAUAUUAAAUACACAAAAUAGUGAUGCUCAAAUUAGGUUUUUUAUUGCUGUGCUUUAAAUUUGAUCUUUUUCGUAAACACUUAUUUAUAAACGACUGCAAUGUGAAAAUUUAGCUAAAUGUAUACUACCCCUGUUGCAAUAUUAGACCUAAAAUCAUGGUUUUCAUUGAGUGCAUCUCAGUUAAAUUUGAUGGACCCUAAACUCGCAAAACAAUCUCCGAACCGGGUUUCCGGUCGAAAAUUCUACAUUUCUUAAUGAGUGAACUAAUCUUACAACCGGCACUAAUAGUAAACAAAUGUAAAACCCAAUUGCUGUGUUCCUUGUUUCCUAAACUUUAUCGAUUUCCGCCCAUAAACAUGUGUACAAAGCUUUUACAUUAAAAACAUACAUAACACUAAAUUUGAGAAAAGUUUUGAAUUUUGUUAAUCAUAAAUAUUAUCAUAGACAGAGAAAGUAAUCCCUUUUAUUUUAGCUCUGAGAAGCGGUUAGGUCUUUACUAGACCCAGAGUUGGUUUGGAAAAAGUAGGACGUAUUCAACUAGACGACCCGGAGCUUGGUCGGAUAAAGUAGGACCUGCUUCAACUAGACCCGUAGCUGGGUUGAAUAAAGUAGGACCUGCUUCAAACGAACUCGGGGGUAGAUUGUAUAAAUUAGGACCUGCUUCAACUGGACCCGGAGCUGGGUUGAAUAAAGUAUGAUCUGCUUCAAUUAGAUCCAAAGCUGGGUUGGAUAAAAUAGAAUCUGCUUACCUAGACCUUGAACUGGGUUGGAUAAAGUAUGAUCUACUACAACUAAUUCCGGAGCUGGGUUGGAUAAAGUAGAAUCUGCUUUAACCAUACUCGGACUUGGGUUGGAUAAAGUAGGAUCUGCCUCAACUAGACCCGGAGCUGGAUUGGAUUAAGUAGGAUCUGGUUAAAAUUAACCCGGGCUAGGUUGGAUAUAGAAGGACCUGGUUUAACUAGACCAUGAGCUAGGCUGUAUAAAGGAUUAUUUUCCCCGUCUUAAGUUAUGACCGUUAACACACUUAUGAUAAAUAUGUAAAUACUCUAAGUCUUGUUCUUUAACUAAGUAGUUAAUAUUCAUGUAUUAUUAAUCAAAUAAAUUAUCAUUUUCUGUA